GAAGUGAAGUCUUGGCCUCGCUACGCUUGACUCCGUUUUGUGAAGCGAAAUUUGCUGAUUGCGGCGCACUUAAUAAAAGCAGGGUUAGUUUGUUUGGUUACUGGUGAGUGCAUUGGUUUGAGUCCAUUAUGGCCGGGCACGGGCACAGCUGCGGGUCCGAGGGGGAGCACGAACCCGCCGAGAGGGGUCUGGAGUUCGGACUGUACCGUCGCAUCGACCUGGAGAAGUUGCAGUGUCUGAACGAGAGCAGAGAUGGAGACGGGAAGCUGGUGUUCAAACCGUGGGACAGGCGGAAGGAACGAGACCAGUAUGUUGAGAGCGACUCCGAUGAAGAGCUGCUGUUCAACAUCCCUUUCACGGGCAGCGUGAAGCUGAAGGGAAUCAUCAUCUCCGGAGAGAACGACGACUCCCAUCCCGCUGAGAUACGACUAUACAAAAACAUCCCCCAGAUGUCGUUUGACGACACCGGCAGAGAACCUGAACAAGCCUUCAGACUCAACAGAGACCCUCUCGCUGAGCUGGAGUAUCCAACCAAGAUUGCUCGUUUUACCAACGUUCAUCACCUCUCCAUCCACGUCUCCAAGAACUUUGGAGCCGAGAACACCCGGAUCUACUUCAUUGGACUUAGAGGAGAGUACACGGAGGCUCACAGGCAUGAAGUGACCAUCUGUAACUACGAGGCGACAGCGAACCCUGCAGAUCAUAAAGUGGACAGCAUCUUCCCACAAACCAACUUCAUUUCUUGAGUGCUUUAGGGAGGAGGACGAGAGUUUUCGGAGGCUUUGGCUGACUGUCAGAAAGCCAGAUGAUUUCAUGGCUGCGUUCAGGCAGCGAAGUCGAGCUCAGAUGGAAACGAGCUCCGAGGCCGCUGGUUUUUGGUCGUCUCUUAGAGCAAAGCUGCCUCUCUGUUUCUAUGGCAACACGGUGUGAGGCUUAUUGUGGGCUAAGGAACAAAUGCGUGACACGUUUGACAGAGAUGAAUUCUGCUGAUAAAUAAAGAUGCACCGAAUGCUGGAA